AGGUCUGAGUGUGUGAAGGUCAGAUGGUGUGACAGGUCAGGUGAGCCUCAAGAAAAGGAGCAAACUUGUGUUGUUGUUGUUGUUGAGAGUGAAGUUUCUCCUUUGACCGGUCUGACCAAUCAGGAAGCAGCAGAGAGGAACCAGAACCUCCAUCAGACGGUUCGUUCCCACGUUGACAACGGAUCAGUUAAAAUAAACUCACUGUGCUCUUCUGGCGACUUGGGCGUCCCCUUCAGGGCGUCCCCACCGGGCGUCCCCUUCAGGGCGGAGCUUCUGAGCGGACUGAGUGUCGGACGCAGCGUCUCCGUCUCGGGGAGAACCAAUGAGAACGCUCGGAGCUUCGCGGUGAACCUGCGGGUCGCGGGCGGCAACAUCGCUCUCCACCUGAACGCUCGCCUGAAGGAGCGCGUCUUCGUCAGGAACUCCUUCCUGUCCGAGUGCUGGGGCCCCGAGGAGACAAAGAUGGCCGCCGCAUUCCCCUUCAGCGCAGGGACGUACUUUGAGAUGAUCGUCCUCUGUGGCCCUCGGGGGUUCAAAGUCGCCGUGGACGGCGUCCACCAGCUGGACUACCAACACCGGGUCCAGGACCUGAGCCGGGUCUCAGAGCUGGAGGUCCUGGGAGACGUCACGCUGAUGGACCUCAAGGUCUUCUGACCUGUGACCUCAUUGCUGACCAUUUCACAGAAUGAAGCCACCAGGAGAAGUUCUUCAUCUUGAUGAACAAGAUACGAGUCUUUAAUUCUUACGUGUUGAUUUCAAGGAGUCAUUUUCCAAUCGAACUAAUAAAUGUACGAGAAGAUGAAACUUCUCAUAGAAUCACAUUAAAAGUACAACAAACAGGA